GUCCCAUGCUCACCCCUAAAAAUCAUGACGAACCUUCACAAUUAAACCGAAUUCAGUAUUACACUUACACUUAGACAUGUACCGGUGCGAUCGUGUCCGACACUAGUACCCGAGUCAGAUCGGAAUACUUAACGAAAAAUGAUUUUGCUUGCAAGUAGAUUUGUAAAAUUCGUCCUACACUCCCAGAACUGCAGAACGCCAUUGAAGAGAGAAAAAAAAAAUGGAAGGAUCGAAAGAAAUAUUAAUCAGCUCACUCAGAAAUCUAGGGAUUGAAAUUCCAUCUCAAAUCACUUCAAUUAAAGACCUUGAUUCUUCAUCUUUCUUCUCCAUUUCUUCCCAAUCUCUCCUUCUUCUCCUUCACAACACCAAUAAAACGUCGUCGUUUCCAACCUCACUCCCUGGUUCCAUGGCAGAAAAGGUCAAUUCUUGCACUCAUUUGGCCUCCCUUUUUCAGCAAUUCGGGUACCCUUUUGAGAUUGGCUUCCAUCAGUUCCUGUACCCGUCUGAAGAGGACUUGCAUAAGUUGGUCAGAUUUUUGGUGGAAAAGCUUUCUGAAUUGUCUGAAGCCAGGAAAACUGUCAAGUUUGCAGAUAAUGUGAGGUCCAGCAAUGUUGACAUUUCAAGGACCUGCUCUGAGACGACUGCUGAAGCUGAACCUGAACUGAAACCUUUGGUCUACCCAAACAAUCAGAAAGUUAGAGAAGAAUUGCUGGAUGGGAGAUCAGAGACUGAUGCACUGGGACCAUUGAGUAACUGUGCCAAAGUUCCAUUGCUUAAAGAUAAUCUUGUUUCUGAGAAGUUGAAUUUGGCAGCUAUAACUGGCAAAGUUGACGAGCAAGAAACAAUAGCAUGUUCAAGAGACUUGAUUGAGAAGACUGCUCAAGUUAAGGAAACUACUGUUGUUACAGAAACUUGCAAGCCUGAGAUGGAUUCAAUGUCUUGUGAGAUGUUCUCACCUGAGUUGAAACGCAUGGUAAAAAGCAGAUGUGGUCAAGAAAUAGUGUUCCCUGAUAAGGAUACAGGAAAAGAUCUUGAAUUACACCAUCUAGAGGAAGAACAUGAACUACUCAAAGAAGCAAUGAGAAUGGCACUUGAUAAUGAGCUUUCUUUCAGUUACUAUGUUGAGCAACUCAGUGGAGAAAUAGUCUCGAGAAAUGAAAACCUUCAUGAGUUGGAGAACCAGUGUGACAUUGAUAGGAAGUCUUUGGAAGAGAAAAAAUGGAAUCUUCUGGAGUCCCUUUGUGAGAGUAAUCCUGACUGUCAGCUCAAACUGCAGAAACUGAAAGACAUUGAUAGUGAAAUUCAUACUGUUUUAUCUGAAAUCAGAAACAGGGAAGAGGAAUGUACUAAACUUACAGGAGAAAUGAAGCAGCAGCCAAAAGUUGCUUCUAGGAGAUCAUAUAUUGAAAGGAUCACUGAGAUUACAAAGAACAGUCGAAAAUUGGACACAGAUAUUGAUCCCAUUUUGAAGGAAACAAGAGAGCUGAAGUUAGAGAGUAACUCCAUUGAGGAACGCCUUCAUCGAACAUAUGCAGUGGUUGAUGAAACAAUAUUAAGGGAAGCAAAGAAAGAUCCUGUUGGACGUCAAGCUUACAGGCUGCUAACAAAUAUACAUGCAUGCUUCGAGAAGAUUCGGGAGCAAAUCCUUGCAGCUGAUAAAGCUAAAAGAGAAGCUGCAGAACUUGAAGUAAAGUUAACAGCAAUUGCCUCCCGGAGUUUGGAUAAGCAUAAACUGCAAGCUGACCUUGAUGCCAUGAGGACAGAGAAUGAACAUUUAGAGAAAACCCUCGUGAAUCAUUAAUGUGAUCCCUGAUACUAGAUCCUAGAUGAAUUUCAUGCCAUUUUCUGGGCUUCUAUUUUGGUAGGUGGUGUAGUUUGUGUUUUUGUUAUUUUUUUUAUGAUGCACGAGUUUGAAGAUUUUUUUUAUAUGAUUCAUAAAUUACAAAAUGAUUGCAAGAAAUAAAGAUCUCUCCUUUGAACUCAUGUACGAGGUUUUUUUUUUUUUUUUUUUCUUUUUUUUUUUUACUUCGAUGAUACAUUUUUACAAGGCUUCCAUAAUUGUUGUUUUUGGUAGAUUCAGGUUCAUAGCAAGAAGCUUAAUGUUUUCUAUUGCAUACUAACUUCAAGUGUAAACAGCAAAUUCAUAUCGUUUUCUUAACCCAACAUCGAUCUCCUCUUUGAGUUUUGAUAAAAAGUACAGUAAGCUUGGUUGAUUGUAAUUUUUGCAACUGGGUGAAUGAAGUUAGCCCAAUGACCAAAUUGUGCACACUCAUAAGCAAACAAGCUAAUUAAAAUGCUCCUUGCUGCUAUCCAGCAUAGGAUUU